UGUAACCGCAACCCAGAUUCUAAUCCCAAUCUCAAUUCGUAGUCUGACACGGGCUUCACCGUUGCCACGUAUUUACGAUAUGUCCGCUACCUGGUCGGCCCCGUCCUGUCGCCUCGCUCAACGACGCGCGGUUGUUACAUCAGAAACCCAACGGAGCGUGCGUACACGCGCGCAUGCACGCACACACGCACAGCGGAGAGAUGUCACUGAUCUGGAGCCGUAUAUAAAGCGCGCGCCGACGGUGCAGCUGAGUAGCUGACACCGUGCUGACAGUAGCGUACGCGCGGCCCGCGCAGCUCUGAUCACUCGCGCCCGGAAGUGAGUCGUACGUCGAGAGAGAGAGAGAAAGCGUACGGAGUCCGUUAUCUACAACAUUUUACUUCGCCGUUAUCGCCGCGACAUCGCGCUCUCGCUUUCUUUCCCUCUCACGCGGAGGCUCCGACAAACACCCCUGCGACAUCCGCAAGCCGGACUCCGUACACGCGCGCGCACGUGGCACCUCUCGCCGGCAACAUGUGCGGGAUCUGGGCGCUAUUCGGGCUGGACAACGAACCCCUGACCUGCAUCUGCGAGAACUUCGACAAGAUCUCGCACCGCGGCCCGGAAGCGUUUAAAAUAGAGUUCGACAGCAGAGUCAAGAAUGGCUACCUGGGCUUUCACAGACUUGCCAUCGUCGACGGCCUCUACGGGAUGCAGCCGAUGAGGAUACACAAGUAUCCCCAUCUGUUUCUCCUGUGCAACGGCGAAAUAUACAAUUGCAAUAGGCUGCAAAAACAACACGGUUUCGAGUACUCCACCAAGUGCGACGUGGAAGUGAUCAUGCACAUGUACGCCUGCGCCGGCGCCAACGGCGUCGCUCAGUCCCUCGACGGUGUGUUCGCAUUUUGUCUGAUGGACGUCUCGAAGCGGAGGCUACUGAUCGCCAGGGAUCCCUACGGCGUGAGACCGCUGUUCAGAUUGCGUUCGGACAAUGGACAACUUGCCAUCUCUUCGGAGAGCAAGGGUCUGAUGGCAAUGUCGAAGCACGUAAAUGGCAAAUGGACGCUGGAGCCGUUUCCUCCGGGUCAUUACGAGAAGUAUGAGAUCUUGCACAACGGUCGAAUAAAGCUUCUGGAGAGCUGCCGUUAUCACAGGCCCGGCGACAAACCUUCCUUCCACACAUACAUCCCUUGGGACGCUUUGUCUCCGAUCAAUAUCGAGGGCAACAUUCGAAAGCUGCUCUCGGCAGCAGUGGAGAAGCGACUAAUGGGCGACAGACGGAUUGGUUGCCUCUUGUCAGGUGGCUUGGACUCGAGCCUGGUCGCCGCUUUAUUGGUGAAGCAUGCGAAGAAAUACAACCUGUCGUACAAGAUUCAGAGCUUCGCGAUUGGUAUGGACGACAGUCCGGACAUUGUCGCUGCCAGACAGGUUGCAAACUACAUCGGGACUGAGCAUCACGAGAUUAUCUUCACGCCGCAGGAUGUGAAGGAUGUCCUGAACAAAGUCAUAUAUUCCUUGGAAACAUAUGACAUCACUACUGUUCGCGCUUCUGUCGGGAUGUACCUCCUUUCGAGAUACAUAAAGCAAAACACCGAGACAACUGUGAUCUUCAGCGGGGAGGGCGCGGACGAGCUGGCGCAAGGCUACAUUUACUUCAGGAAUGCGCCCAAUGCGAGAGACGCGCACGACGAAUCUGUUCGAUUACUGGAUGACAUAUAUUUGUAUGAUGGCUUAAGAGCCGAUAGAACCACCAGUGCCUUCAGUUUGGAGCUCAGAGUACCUUUUUUGGACCUUCAAUUUACAAACUAUUAUCUGUCGUUGGAUCCUCACAGUAGACAACCGCAAGGUGGAGUCGAGAAGCAUUUGUUACGAUCCGCGUUCGACGAAAGUGGCUUGUUGCCUCAUAACAUACUCUGGCGGCAUAAAGAGGCGUUCAGCGACGGCGUCGCUUCCACAAAGAAAUCGCUUUUCGAAGUAAUUGACGAGAUCGUAGAGUACCGCGUCUCCGACGAGGACUUGUUAGACGCUCACGCUAAGUACCCCCAUUGCACACCCAGAACAAAACAAGCCUACUAUUACAGACAUAUCUUCGAGUUACAUUACAAAGGGCAGGCGGAAAGUUUUACGCCUUACUUUUGGAUGCCACGCUGGGUGGAAGGCGUCACCGAUCCAUCUGCGCGAUUUAUUGAGCAUUAUGCGGCAAACGGCGAAGAGAGUCAGCUUUCGAUUUCGAAAAACGAAAGAAUCAAAGAACAUCAUAUGUAACAUAUGUACACAUACCAUGUUCAUUAUUGUGAAAUAUUAAUAAAGAUCUUAUUACUGCAUGUAUA